CCGCAACAACUCUCCCCAGAUCUCCAUCUGCCUGCAAGUCUACUGAUUCUUUUCUUUUUCAACCUCAGAUCCUUAUCUCAAACAUGAAAUUCUACGACGCACAAGCUCCCAAUCCCUAUGCUGUCCGCCUAUUUGUUCUUGAGCGCGGCGGCCUAGAGUUCGAUGUCCAGACCAUCGAUAUCAUGAACCUAGAGAACCGGCGGCUCGUAUACCGCAGCGUCAAUCCCCGAGGCGAAGUACCGGCCUUAGAUAUCGAUGGCUUCGUUUUGACUGAAAUCACCGCGAUAUGCGAAUAUCUCGAUGAAGUCGCCAAGGGAGGAAAGUCACUGUUCGGUGACACGGCGCUUGAGCGGGCUGAGACCCGGAUGUGGCUUCGGAGGAUGGAUCUUGAACUGGCCCAGCCUGUUAUAGCCUGGUAUCGAAACGACCCUGAUACUAUUGACUUCUACAAGGGCAACCGAAUUCCAGCACCUGAGGCUCGUGUAGUCCAAAAAGUCACUAUCAACCAGUUCCUGAACCUCCUAGACGAUCAGCUUGAAGGCAAGGAAUACCUAUGUGGAUCGCGAUUCUCAGCUGCCGAUAUUCACUUUUAUGGGCUGCUCAAGAUGAUGGUUAUGCAAGUCGCUCAGUGGGUCCUCAGCCCUGGGCGUCAAAACGUUGCGGCAUACUUUGAAAGGAUGGAUGCGCGAAAGGCUAGUCAGCAGGCUCUUAAGCCAUUCGGAUCGAAAGUGUCAGUAUAG